GACGACUUUGUAUGUCUGGUUGUUGUGCUGAGGCUUGUUCAGAUUAUGUAAGUUUUGCCCCGGCAUCCGAUUCAGGCCGGGGACGCUGGAGACAAGACACCCCAAACGGGUUAGCGCCAUCAUGUGGCAGCCCCAGGCACCGACGGCGCCAAGGCCGACAUCAAAAGUUCGAGCGGAAGAUUCCCUUGAACUGGUUGCUCUAGACCAGACUCCCCGCCAGCACACGCCAAGAUGAUUGUCCGACAACUAUGUCUGCGGCAAGCCCGCCAGCUUCGUGCUCUGCCCCGUCAGUCGCGCAUUUUGUCCCGGUUCUCGUCCACCGAGACGACUGUCGAGACGGCUGUCAAGACCCCAGUGCGACCCUCCCCUGUCGAACCAGGAACUUCGUCGGGAUUCUCCGCUACCGAGGUGGAGGCCUAUCAGCAGAAAGUGCAGAACAAGCACGUUUUCCACAGCUUCGGAAGUAAAGUGUCCGGUGCCUAUCGCCCAGAGAGCAUCAUCAGAUCCCCUCCCAAACCCUCCGAGGUGACCCUCGAAUUGCUCCUCGCGUGCCAAACACACCUCGGCCACUCGACCUCCCGCUGGAACCCCCAGAACUCCCGCUACAUCUAUGGUGUCAGAGACGGCAUCCACAUCCUCUCCCUUGACCUGACAGCCGCUCACCUGCGACGUGCAGCUAAGGUUGUGGAAGAGGUUUCGGCCCGGGGCGGCUUGGUUCUCUUUGUGGGCACAAGAAAGGGACAGAAGCGGACCGUGGUCCGGGCCGCCGAGCUGGCUGGAGCGUAUCACCUCUUUGAGCGAUGGAUCCCCGGUAGCUUGACCAACGGGCAGCAGAUCCUGGGCCAUUGUGAGAAGAAGCUUGUGAACCCAUUCGAUGAACAGGUCCACAUGUGGGAGAAUGAGGUGGAGGAAUACCCGGCUCUCAAGCCCGACCUGGUCGUUUGCUUGAACCCCCUUGAGAACGAGGUCCUGUUGCACGAGUGUGGUCUGAACAACGUCCCGACCAUUGGUGUCAUCGACACCGACGCCAACCCUACCUCCGUCACGUACCCCAUCCCUUCGAAUGAUGACAGUUUGCGCGCCGUGGGCCUGAUUGCCGGUGUCCUCGGAAGGGCUGGACAGGCGGGCCAGAAAAGAAGAUUGGAAGAGGCCCAGAAAGGAAACCUCACCUACGAGCGGAUGGCACCCUUGGUGUCCACUGAGAACGUUGCUAAGCCCUCCCCUGCUCACCUCCCACUUAUGAAUGUUUCGGAUGGACAGCCUGUCGAAGCUGCCAGUGCUGCGCCUUCCGCUGUAGAGCCUGCUAGGACGGAGGCUGUCAGUGCUGAGGCUGCCAGUGCAGAGCUUUCUAGUGUGGAACUUGCCAGUGCGGAGGCUGCCGGUACAGAGGCUGCCAGUGCGGAGGCUGCCAAUGCGGAGCCUACUAUCGCAGAGCGUGGCACUGAUUCGCCUAAAAAGCAGCAAUAGAGAGCGGAGCCUUGCCGAUUGUUUUUAUUGAUAUCAGUCUGUCUUCAUGUGAGCUUUCUACUGGGAUUGUAUUGUAUAGGACACUGUAAAUUUUUGUUUUUCUCUGGUGUUAUCUCAUGUAUCAACAAAUACUUCGAAUUGAUCUCCCGUUUCUUUCUCC